UUAUAUUUAUUGGGAGUGUUUUGGAAUUUUGUUUUGUUUAUUUCUAUUGAUGUUAUUCUGACUCUUCUUUUAAUUAUUAUGAUGAACAAUUUGGGGAUGGGAAGAGAUUAAUUGAAACAAGACUGAUGAUCACCUCGGUUUUCUGUUAAAGAAUCGUACAAUAUCCUACUGAGUUAGUAAUCACGAGAUAUUCAAUAAAAUAGUCAGUCAAUAAACCGUUACUGUUUAAAUGAUACAAGCAAAUAUUUUUUCAUAUAAUGAGACGCGCAAGCCGCUCUCUUCAGUUGCUUUCUACGUUACCAUUAGGUCAAUUAGACGAUCCACAAUAAACAAUAUACAUUAAUUUCCAUAAAUAAUAUUUGUGACAAUUACGUUAAUUAAGUAUAAUUUAUUACAAACAUAUCACUAAUUAAUUGUUAUAAUGAUCACAAUGGCUCAAGACUGUACAAUUUCAAAUAAUAAUUAUAAAUUAUAUGUGACAUACUAACAUUUAAAAUUUUGAUGACAAUAACAUCACCAUAUAAGAUGGUUUUUAUUGCCUCUACCCUUCAUACCUUAAGUUUAACUGCAAUAUUUGUACCCCUGCCAUGAUAAAACGCGAUCUAUAAUACAUUUUAACACAAAUUUGCAUUAUGUGUUAUGACAUAAACACGUUUGAUAAAUUAUCCAUAUUUAGUUUUUAUACAAAAUAUCAGUAAAUGAAACAAUUAGCUAUAAACAGUAAGUAGCAAAGAUAAAUAAGUAUUUAUUUCUAAAACACUACAAGACAUGACCGUGUAUUCGUCGACGAAAUAAAUAUCAUUUCUCAUAACAUCGAGUUAACGCUCACUACAUUAUUAGCAUUUUGGAUACAGAAUCCGACACAUUGGAAGUAGCAACCCUAUUGCAUUAAAACUGUGUGGCCUUCACUAAUGCUAACUUUACGAUGAAUAACUGCUGAUAUUAAAUAAAAGACCGACGCGCGAAAACUUAGUAUUUAUUUAGUAUUCGAACAGCCAUGAGUUUUGCUCACAAAGUUGUGUUGAUAACAGGAGGUGGAGCUGGUAUCGGGGCAGCAACAGCCCUAGCCUUUGCUAAAGAAGGUGCGAAGGUAGUCAUCGUUGAUAGAAACAAGAGCAAAGUAGAUCAUAAUGGGAACGUUCUAGAACUACGAAAUGACAUAUCACACGAAAACCAAGCUGUCACAGUAAUGCAGCGCACUCUGGAAAAGUUUGGUAAACUCGACAUACUCGUAAAUAAUGCUGCGGUGCUAAAUCAAGCAAGGUUACUCCAAGACAACUUCCUCCAAGCGUACGACGAAGUAAUGGCCACAAACCUUCGAGCAGCGGUCCACCUAACCAGAUUAGCAGCUCCUCAUUUAAUCAAAACUAAAGGCAACAUCAUCAAUAUUUCAAGCAUUGGAGGUAUUAUGAUACCGUCAGAACCGGCUUUCAUACCCUAUUAUAUUUCUAAAGCUGGUCUAAACCAUUUUACGAAGGCCGCUGCUUUGGAACUAGCGCCAUAUGGAGUAAGGGUCAAUGCCAUUAGCCCAGGGAUCGUCAACACUCACAUGUUAGACAUUGGAGGAUACUCCAAACCGAAGUUAGAAGCGAUGACGGCUUUGAAGAGAAUUGUAGAGCCCGAAGAGAUCGCUGAUUUAAUUAUGUUUGUAGCGAGUGAUAAAGCUAAAAGUGUUACUGGUUCUAAUUAUGUGACCGAUAACGGAAUGUCAUUUAAAUAAUUUUUUUUAUUAUAAUGACCAUUAAAAUCUGAAUUUUUUUAAUUCUCCAUAAACAGCUGGAAAAUAAAAAUUCGCUUAUCUAACAUUUUAGAGGUAUUGUGUCUGAGUUCUUAAGGAAGAAAUGGGAAUUGACAAACGAAACGACAUUUGACAAUGACUUUCUGACAAUAACAUCAUACCAAAAGCAAUAGCAUCUACUACAUAAGUUUUCCGUGUACCAAAUGUACGUUAGCGUAUAAAAGCUUAGUAACUGUUAAAUAAAGGUUGAGACGGUACCCAUUUCUA